AUGUCUUUAUUACAAUUACCAAAUGAGCUUCAAUUUAUUAUUGCUAGAUGUCUGCUGGGGCAGAAGGAAAUCGGCUGCUUGAUGCGAACCAACAAAAGACUCUAUCACCUCUUACGCCCCUUUUUACUGCAUUUCAAUGUCGAGUACGAUCAAAGUUCAGCCUUGAUAUGGGCCGCAAAGAACGGAGCUACCUCAUUAAUCAAAGAAUUACUCGAUAUUGGCUCCAGUAUCGCAUCAUUUGAGCCGGAACUUACCGACCCAUCCUAUGAUGCUCUGAGUGUCAAUAAUAAUCCGCUCUUACACGCAGCCCAAAAUGGUCACAUUGAUACUCUCCAAUCCAUGCUGUCAGAAACCCGGACAGAUAAAGCAUGUGUACCAUCCCAGUUACGUACGGUCUUGCAUUGGGCCAUUCGCUCAAGCAACUCAGAGAUGGUGGAGUUGAUGAUCACACAGAAUGCCCCCUUUGACCCUUCUGGGAGGCCCAUGGACGAAUCAAACGCUCUUAGCAUUGCUAUCACAUCGAGUAGCACCUCUAUCAUUAAACGGCUUCUCCAGGCUGGAGCCCAGACGACCGAUGAAGCAUCCCCCAAUCUCUUUGAUGAGGUUUCAACCAGGGAACGGAGAGAUGUGCUGGGGCUGCUACUUGAAUAUGACCAGAUGUCUGACUAUGAUCAAUUCAUAUGCUGGUUAACGUACAAUGCCUGGAUGGCCGAGCCAUAA